GCGUACAGCUGGUUUAGUUUACAUCGGUUCAGUCGAGAAACAUGAAAUUCCUGGCAGUGCUCGCCCUCUUCGUGGUGGCCGUUUCGGCUUCCGUAAUCCCACAGCGCGAGGAACGCAUCAUCGGAGGUUCCGUGGCCGCGUCCGGACAGUUCCCGUACUCCGUCGGUCUGAUCACCCGUAUCAACAUUCUGCUGUCCGGACAGUGCUCCGGAUCGUUGAUCUCAGCUCGUUUCAUCCUCACUUCGGCUAGCUGCGUCAGCGGUAUCCAGAGUGCUGUUGCUGUCAUCGGAGGUCUUCGCAUCAACGAUUCCACCGAACCUGGUCAGACCCGCAUGACCGUCAACGAAUUCAUUGUCCACACCGGUUAUGAAGAGGGUAUGGAGAACUUCGAUGUUGCCUUGGCCGUUCUGCCAGCUCCAGUUGCCUUCACCGAAAAUGUUCGCCCAGUGCGUCUACCAAACCGUCGCCAGAUCGAUGCUACCUUUAACGGCCAGCAGGGUACCUUCAUUGGAUGGGGACGUUUCGGAGAGGGAACCACCAACUCGGAUGUGCUGCGUUUCGGUCGCUCCCAGGUCAUCACCAACUUGGCUUGCCGUUUGAGUCUGCCAACCAACACCAUUUUGGAUGAGCAUAUCUGCACGUCUGGACUGGAUGCUGCCGCGAAUGCUGGAUCUCCAUGCCAGGGAGAUAGCGGUGCUCCGUUGACCAUUACUGACGCCGACGGUAUCACCACCCAGAUUGGUGUGUUCUCGUUCCACUCGAUCUUGGGAUGCGACAGUGGCCGUGCUGCCGUCUACACCCGCAUGUCCGCCUAUCUCAACUGGAUCGAGCAGAACUCGGAUGUUGAAAUUGCAGAUGACUUCUAAGUUUUCUGUUACUGAGUAUAGAUUGUGAUCUUGAGAAUAGUCAAAAUAUACAUUUCGUUAUCUAACAAUUA